AUCGCUUUGUUUUCUCAAUGAGCGCUUCACAGUCUUCUGCUCAACCAAUCAGAUAGCGAGUCUUCGCUUGGCAGGGUUUAGACUUAUGUUUCAUAACGUGUCGUCGGUUAUUUUUAAUAAACAUAAAUGGUAACUUUUACACGUGUUAUGGAUUGCUUUGGAUGUUUAGAUGUUUCUUUACAAUGUUCACGGUCGACGUUGUAGUUCACCUCGCUGUAUUUUCUUUCAUUUGGUGUUUUAAGUCAGUGUAGUUUCAAAACAGUCACGGUCUGUCAAUGAUAAUUUUGAUUCGUUUGUGUGUUUGUUUUCACAUCUCAGACGAUUAUGGCGCGAGGACGAAGAAAGGGAACAAAAUCUCGCGUUAAAAGUGAAGUGGCAAAUUCAGACAAAGAUCAAUCGUGUAAGUCUCCAAAGGACAUAAAAUUUUCACGGGGAGUGAAUGGACGGCUGUCCCACGCAAGCCCAAUAGUACCAGAAAAAGAACUUAUCACUCAUUAUUUUCAUCCCGUACCGUCUCCCGAUGCUCCAGAGAAAGAAAAGGAGCCAUCAUAUUGCGAAAGUGCUGUCUCUAGUGCCCACGAGAUAGAAAUAGUAGAGAUUGUCAAAGCCAAUGAUGGCAAAACUACUCCUCACAAAAUCCAACAUAAUACACAAGUUAUCCAGUCUCCAUCAUCAGCAUUACAGCAGUUGCGAAUCACAUACACCCCUAAGAAGUCUGGCAAGUCUCGUCAGAGGUUAAAUCCGAGUCAGGCUGGCAACCAGCAAGUGUGUGUUCCUAAGCCAGCUUGUUGUGCGAAACAAAAUGGCAAUCACGAGCUUUCAGAGUACUUUCCUGUCCGUCGAAGUGAACGCAAAACAAAACGUACUGUGUUACAGGAGAAGCAACAUCGCAUGGAAGCUGCUGUUUUAGCCGAUUGUGAAGAGGGCUUGGAGGUUCAUAACUUCGAGGGCAAAGGGAGAGGUAUUGUGGCCACUCGGUUCUUCUGUAAAGGAGAGUUUGUUGUAGAAUAUGCUGGAGAACUUAUUGAUAUGACUGAAGCCAAAGUCCGUGAACGCAUGUAUGCUCAGGACCAAAAUACAGGAUGUUAUAUGUAUUAUUUCCGCCAUCGAAACACCCAGUAUUGUGUGGACGCAACAUCAGAGAGUGGUCGAUUGGGUCGCUUGGUCAACCAUAGCCGUAAUGGCAAUCUACAAACUAAGACGUUGGAAAUUAAAAGUCGGCCAAGAUUAGUACUGAUAGCACGAGAAGAUAUAUCUCCAGGAGAAGAAGUUACAUAUGAUUAUGGUGAUCGUAGUAAGGAGUCGAUUCGUUAUCAUCCAUGGUUGCUCUCCUAGCAAAAAACAAUCAAAUGACAAUCCAGAUGCUGCAAUGUAACACAGUUUUCUGGUGUUAAUCCAUAAAAUCAUUUACUGUGUGUGUCAGAGAUCUCUAAUCAUGCACCCAUGCAAGAAUCUCGAACAGAAGUAGGUGUACUUUGAAUUGUUUGACUGAGACAGAAUCUGCAAGACUGUGUGUAUAUGUUGAUUGGAAUGGUGAUGGAUAUGUGUGCUCAACCUUCUGUGGUGUGAGUGAUUUGUCGCAGUAAUAAUGUAUUAGUGGUAGAGAUUGUAUUUCAGUUCUUUUUCCUUUCUUUUAUUCUUUAACUUUAUCCCGAACAUGCUAUCAGUGAGCUACUGACCGAUUUUCAAGUACAAUGUUUUUGACUCUUUGUACUUUAUGUAAACAUUUUCUAAAAUAAGUGCUUGUGUAUUUAUUGCCCAUUGCCAAGAAUUUUUGUUUAUUUUUUCUCCUUAAGUCAUGAAACCUCGUGAUGUAGAUAAUUGAUUCUAUUUUUGCUUGCCCUCAGUUAUCAGUGUUAUGCUUGAGUAGUGGCAGUCUGUACAAAGUAUUCCAAGCUGUUACAUAUUUUAUCAUGUUGAAUCACUUUGUGCAUGUUAAUGUAAUUUAAAUGCAAUUGUGCAUAUGCACAGUAUUCCCACAAUAUUCCACAUAAUUGUGUGUGGGAGUUAUUUAUUUUUAAGCAAGUUUAUUUAUAAAUUGUAUGACUGAAAUGCUGUUGCUAUUAAAAGUAUUUGCAAAUUAUAUUUGUGGACUUUUUCUUAAUGUGAUGUGAAUGUUUAAAUAACCCAGAGAUUUCUUGGAAACUUCAAUAAUUAAUCAUGGAUCUUGAUUAUUAAUGUUGAUAUUGUAUUUACCCAAGUAUAAGAUACUCUCAUAAUUUUAGAGGCCUCCUGAGCAUUUAAAAUUUUUUUUAACUAAUUCUUACUGUACCGUCAAAAUAAAAUUUAAAAUUGUCAUCUUCAUUAGGUGUUAAAAUUUAUUACCUGAGCUAUCACUGUUUUCUUGCUCUUUAUAAUCAUCAAGGCUAUGGUUUUUGUCACUACCCUCUUCAUCUUUACUGUAGUGUCCUCUGACUGAGAUCCUCUGAAAGUUUUAUGCGUUCAAUUUGCAUUCUUGGUCUUUCAUCUGACACCACCUAAGAAACCUCCUGUGACAUCUGAUUUUCCUCCUGUCUCACUCUUGUUCAUGGCUUUUGAUUCAUUAACAGUUCUUUCACAUUCUUUUCAAAUCGUAUCAUAAUCCUUACUCUUUGUCAGAUUGGUCAGCAAAGUUAUGGCCUUCAGUUAUGACAUUUUUAUUUUUAAAGUUGAAAUUAUCAAAAUUUUCAAUUUUGUCAAACUUGAGCCACCUUGGAAACUCAUGAAAGCUGUAAUCAAG